AUGGCUGAAGCAGGUUUUUAUUCUGUCGCUACUGGAGAUGAUGAUGCCGAUGCCGCAAAAUGUUUUCUAUGCGGUAAAGAACUCGAUGGGUGGGAAGCAAGCGAUGAUCCUUGGGAGGAACACAAGAGCCAUGCGGCUAAAUGUGCUUUCGUGCAAUUAGGAAAGAAAGAAGAUGAGUUAUUGCUCUCAGAAUACUUGUCGGUGGUGAAGCAGUACAUGAUAAAUGAAAUAAAACAAAUGGCCGAGACGUCCAAAGCGCAGAUUGACGAGAAAGCAAAGUUAAUAAGACGAAGAUGUUUGCUAAAGUGA